AGAAGCUUCUCAAUGUCCACCGACGUAAGCAGGGUGGAAAACAUUGUCGCUUACGCAGCCCUUAUCCUCGCAGACGAAGGUCUCGAAAUCACUCCUGAAAAACUUCAGACUCUUCUCGCUGCAGCAAACAUCGAGGACAUCGAGCCUGUUUGGACCCAGCUUUUCGCAAAAGCGCUGCAGGGUAAGGUAUGUAGAACUGUCCUUUCAACGAUGCGUGUCGGUACACUGAAGAUGUAGCUAACAUCUUAAAGGACGUCAAAGACAUCCUUACGACCGUAACGACCUCCUCUGCGGAGGUCGGACAACAGCAGACCACUGUGGAUGACAACAACCAAAACGAGCCCGAGGGCGGCGAGGAUAAGGACGGCGAAGGAUCUGCCGAUGAAGGUAGCGACGAUGAAGCUAUGUUCUCUCUUUUUGGCUGAUCGGGGCGAAGAACCAGAGGCGGAUGAUUCGGGUUUGGAAGUUUUGAGAUCGUGCGCCAGUUCGAACAAUAUGCAAUCUUUCUUCCAUCCCCGAGUGCUUGAUAUGCUUUGUGAUGUGCGCAUCUCCGCCCUCUUUGCAGACGCAAGUGAAAAUGUCAAAUUUUCCUCAUGAGAAUCAUGUAGGUUGAUCUCGAUUAUUCGAUCGACGUUCCGCGGCCACCUCUUCUGUAGUUUCUUUCUGAUCUCCCUUCAUGACGUAAUAAGCGGCAAACCCAGCGAAGAAAACCAUAUUGGCACGGUACGUAUAUUUGAGGAGGUUUCCAACGCGUGUUUUGGAGUUUUUAUCCAUGAUUCAUGAGACAACACCGUAGAUUUGGGUCGAUGGAAGAUGUGUGUAAGGAGUCUAAAGACUGGCAGUUUAACAUGCCAUACGGUUAAUUGCAUCGGCUAUCUAGCCCUUAGAAGGUAAAGCGGCCUUGGCAUCCACGUAGUCAGUGUGACGCACGAUCACCCCAAACGUUCUAGCUACAUACAUGUGGGCUCCCUAAGAGCUUCAAAAAGACGUCGAAGAAUAUUUAUCUGGUUUGUGUCUGUGACAUGUACAAGAACAGCAACAGAGUACGCAAUAUGGAGCGAUGAAAAGACUGAGCCGAGAAAGAUGGUUCUGAUUGCGCCUCGCCGUUGUCCUCCAACUCGUCCAUCCGAUUCUUGACCUUCGCUUCUGCUUCCAUCAGUUCGCCCUGCCGCAUCUUCCACGUAGAUAUCUUCGUCCAAAGCAUCUUCGUCGACUUCUUCACGAUGAUCAGAAUGUUCCACCGCAGUCGUCGCAACCUCCCAGUCGCGGUCUAGGAUAGCCAAGCCACUCAUCAUAGUUACACCUCUCCAAGAGUCGAAGAAUUCGGGCUGGGAGUAUCCAAGUCGUUCUUCUUUCUCGUAGAACUCCAGUCGACACAAUGGGCAAGUAUUUGACAUAUCCAUCCAUUUCGACAAGCAGCGUUCCCCGAAUACAUGUCCACAUGUAACGAUUGUGACUGGUUUCUCCAACCCCAAUGUGUGAUUAUGCUCGUUGAAGAGUAUAGGAGGAAGCGUUGGAAGUUGUGGUAGAUCGAUGGGAUCGAAGCAGAUAGAGCACGAAGAUACUGGCGUAUCCUUAGAAUUUGUAGGACGAGUGGAGGCUCUUUUGCUAGGGAGAGGCUUGACUUCGACAUAGCCGAUAUGAUGAAAAUUCGGGGAGGGUCUGUCCAUCGCAGAUACGAUUUCUCUUCUUGGGUCACCAGAGUAAUGGCAAAAUAUGAUUCU